UCCACUCAGCACUGGUGGAAAGCACUCUCAGAACGCGGGAGCAGAGAGGAGGGAGUGCCACAGUGCAUCUCCUGCUGGCAAUUCACCGAUCCUGGGGGAGAUGUUCACCAUCCCUGAGGAGCACAACUUAACUCUUUUGUCCAUCGUUUUGGAAUACUUUAUUUGUUUUUAAUUCUUUAUGUACUAAGAACCAAGACAGAUUCCAGGCGAAUAAGAUUUUUUUAACCUUCAUAAGAUAGUCCUCUUCCCACUGUUUGCUGUUUUUGAAGCUGAUCUUCGUCCUGCUCUGGUGGACCUGUCUGCUGUUUGUCAUGGUCGAGAAAGUGGGGAUAGUCAUUCUGCUCUGUCUGGGCUCCGCUUCCAGUGAGCUCCAGGCAGCUGAUCAAGACUCACAGUCAGGAACUUUGGAUUUUGGGUUUGUUCCCUCCGGAGUUUACGAAACACAUGCCUAUUAUGAACCCGGACCCAUAGGGAUUCUCUUUCACAUGGUCCACGCUUUCUUGUAUGUGGUGCAACCCAAUCCAUUCCCCAGAGAUCUCAUCACCAAACUAGCCAAAGAGAACUACGGAACGCUACAAGCUCAGUAUCAGAAGGCCAUCUACUACGAGAUGGGCUUCGUGGUGAGCGCAGCGCUGGGCGCGCUCUUCGUGCUGCUCGUGCCCCUGGUCGGCCUCUGCUUCUGCAUGUGCCGCUGCUGCGACAACUGCGGCGGCGAGAUGCACCAGCGGCAGCGCAAGAACGCCGACUGCAAGCGGGGCUUUUUCACCGGCAUGCUCGCCGUCACCUCAUUCAUUAUCACAUUGGGGGUCCUGUGUGCAUACACAGCCAAUCAGAACCUCAGCUCCCAUGUCAAAAGCAUGAAGAGGCUAGUCGACACCAACAUGAAAGACCUCAAGCUGUUUGCCAAUGACACUCCAGUGCAAAUUGACUAUGUUACUGCGCAGUACACUGUAGUCAAGAAAAAAGUCCUAUCUGACCUUGACAACAUUGGGGCCCUGCUUGGUAAUGGGAUUCACAGUCAGCUUGGCAAAGAGGUCCUCCCUGCCCUCGAUGGUGUGCUGAGCGUGACUGAAGCUAUGCAGGAGACCAGGGAGGCGCUAGAGAACGUGAGAACGGCACUGGACACCCUACAGGACGGCGCCGGCAAGCUCCAGGCAGAACUCAACGGCAUCCGCACCAGCCUGAGACACACCCUGAGUGACCCGGCCUGCUUCGACAGUGCAACCUGCAACGACAUCCGCGGCACGCUCAGCCAGCUCGUCACCGGGGCCAACUUCUCCGCGCUGCCAGAUGUAAGUGGAGAACUUGCCCGAGUGGACGCCGUUCUCCAGACUGACCUGAGCAACAUCGUUCAGAAGGGGUAUUUAUCAUUUAACGACACCCCCGCCUUGGUGAAGCAGCAGACGAAGGACGUGGUUUCAGGUGCCAAGGACAUACUGGAUGGCAUUGGCACCAACAUCGCCUCCUUCUCCAAGAUGUUCCCCAUCCACGCCACCCUGUACAACUUCACCGUCUACCUCACCCAGAGCCAGGUGAAGAUCGAGGCCUUCUACCCACAAAUCGAGCUGAUGGACUUCUACAGAUGGACGGGCUGCAUUGCUAUAUGCUGUUUGCUGGUGCUCAUCCUUUCCUUUAAUUUCCUGGGCCUGCUCUGUGGUUACUGUGGUUACGACAAGCACGCCUCGCCCACCACCCGCGGCUGCCUCUCCAACAUGGGUGGGAACCUGCUUAUGGCUGGCGCCGGCUUCAGUUUCAUCUUCUCCUGGGUGCUGAUGGGGGUGGUGACCGUAACGUUUGUUGUCGGCGGCAAUGUGGAGAAACUCCUGUGCGAGCCCUUUGAGAACAGGGAACUCUUCAAGGUCAUAGACACCCCAUACAUGGUCAGUACAAGCAUGAAGAAUUUCCUCCCAGGAAUGCUCUUCCAGAACCCUCAGAUCGACCUGACCCUGGAGAGUGUCUACAGUAACUGCAAAGAAGACAAGGGUGUUUUCUCUGCACUGAAGCUGGACAACAUUUUCCAUGUGAACAGGUUUUUGAACUCCAGUGUGUACACCAGGGACAUGGCCAGGAUCUUUGAAGACGUCAAAGUAGACUUGAAGGGUAUCGUCCUGCUCGAGCUGGCAGGAAGGCAGAACCUUCUCAAUUUUGCCAACACAGGUGUUGAUGAGAUCAACUACACCAACUUCCUGGCAGAGGUCAACAAAGGUGUGACGAGGGUAGAUUUGCUGGCAUUUGCCAGCAAACUGGAAGCUCUGGCCGAUGAUCUGCCACGGGGGGCGCUAGAAAACGCACUAAAGGGCCAUGCCACCAUCAUCCGGCAGAUCCACAGCCAGCGGGUGGUGCCCAUGGAGCAGGCCAUGAAGUAUGUUAGAGCAAAGAACACACUGGGUCAGAGCAUUGUGAUACUGCAGAGGACAGCCAGCGACCUCCCUGCGAAAAUCACCGACAUCCUGAACACUAUCGAUAUGGCAGAAUAUCUGAUCACGCAGAAUGCGACGCAAGUGGUCAAGCAGGAAACCUCAAAAUAUAUCCUGAACAUUGUCGGCUACUUUAAACAGUAUAUAGAGUGGGCCAAGAAUUCAAUUGAACUAGAUGUGGGGGUCUGCAAGCCAUUGAGCAACAUCAUGGACACUGCAGAUAUCGUUGCUUGUAGCUUCAUAGUGGACUCAGUGAAUGCCUUUUGGUUUGGGCUGGGCUGCUGUACGGUACUCCUCAUACCCAACAUUAUACUGUCCGUAAAGCUGGCCAAAUUCUAUCGCCGAAUGGACACUGAAGAUGUAUAUGAUGAUUCCUCUGUCUCAGGGACUUGGCACUUCACCUUGUGAUAACCAUUCCUGCCCUUUCCAUUGCUUUUCUUGUCUUUCAUAACUUAUUUUCUCCAUUCCAAGCAUCAUGUGGUGCACUCUGCACUUUGAGGACAGUUAAAACAUUUUACUUUAUUUAAAAAAAAUACAGAAUGACGAUAUCUUAAUCGGCAAUCCAGAAACCCCAUAUUUAUUGUACAACAUGUAAUGGUGUUUUUUUUCCUUCUUUAUGUCUUUGUAGUGUGACAAUACCCAUGAAAAUGUAAGGUUUCGCCCCCAUUUUAUGUUCUAUUUUUAAAUUAAAUCCAGCUUAUCACCUAUCAUUCCUGGAUGUUCUCCGCUUACGCUAAGAAUUUUAUAACGCUACUUUCUUACACUUUUCUGGUGCUGCCUUUAGCCUUAAAUCCUUGUAAAAUUUGUGCUUUGUGGAGAUUUUGUUCCCUUUUUUUGCUUUAUUUGCUCAAACAGUUUAAAACGACAGAAACGAAUAACCUAACCUUUAAAAACAAAUACAAGUCUGUCAUGUUUAUUUGAUUUUUUAUCACUUUAUUUCAUAUUUGAAAGAGCAUCUUAGGAUGUAUACUUGACCAUUUACACAUUACAUGCACAUCUGUACAGCCUGUAAAUGUCAUUCUAGAGCAUCAGACCACAUUGUCACUUAGUUCCAUCUAUUACCAUUUGUGCAUUUUUGUUUACAUUUCUUUUAUAUCCAAUGUUUUGUUUCAGUAUGGAAAUUGGUAAUAAUGGUUAUCAUAAUCAGCAUUUGCAGUGUAUUCCCAACCCUGUAAUGGCCAGGUAAAAUCCGUAUAUCUAUAUAUAAUACUUUUUUAAUUGCAUGCCCUUUCAGAUGCAGUCGGUGGUGGUUGUAGUGGUGUUUUAGAAGAUAUGUUCAUGCAAGGAAUGAGUGCAUGUUAAGGGCUAUAGUAAUCAUCUGACAAGACCCUCAGACCUAUUCACGGGCUGGUUAAGUAUGUAUUCAUUACUACAAAUUAUAGCCAAAUAACUUUUACUAAAGAGGGUUUUUAGAUGGGAUUUACUAGAAGAAGUUUCAAUCAACAGGGAAGUCAAGUUCAAUAUUCGAGAAAAGUCUUACGGUGACAAAGCACAGCGAUCGCCACCAUCCAGCAAGAUUAUCUGAAAUAAUUUGAACCUAUUACAGUGAUAACAGAAGUUCAUUAUUGCCAAGUAAAACAUUUAAAGAGUCAAUUAUUGAAAUGUUAACAGAAAUAUGUCGACAUUUUCACCGCUUGCUGCCAGACUGCAUGGUCGCGGGCUUGAUUUGCAUGACGUGACGAUAGAAUUGCGACUAACGCCGGUGGCACACGCACAUUGCUGGCACUCAUGCCUUGACUUGCAGUCCCCUCCCAGUGUGCUGUAAGAAGAGGUAGGACUGCAGGCAUUCUGCAUGGACACCAUUGUAUGUGCCUUGCGUGCUCGCUUCCCCCGACUCACAUUAAUCUGUCAUCCAUACAACCCCUGACACCUGAGGAAGUCUCCUAACCGCAUGAAUGGGCUUCCGACAGUUUUCUUCAGCUGCCUGUGUGGCAUGACAGAGUUUAAAAGCUGGAGGCUAAAUUGCCCACAAAGGGUCAUACUGCUGGCUGGCUGUAGUCAAAACAGUUCAUAAUGUUGUUGAAUGUUUCCCCCAUUGGGUGGUUCGCAACAUAUCAGUUGGUCCUAAAAUAAUAUUCCAUUUACCCCGUUGCAUGGCCCAUCUCUUCAUGUGUCAUUAGAAUUUUCCAUUAAUUUUGUGUGCCGUCUUUAAAAACCAUGUAGGUUCUAGAAUGUUCUUUCCACCCGCCUAUUGUGCCGCCUGCUCGGCACAGGGUCUCUGUGGGGUCUACUUUGACCUGCAUGUAUAUUUCAUCGUACCUCCAUAAGCAGUACAUGUUCUACCACGCUUACAGCUUUCCUCUGUUAGCUGAAAGGCCUGAAUGAGCCACGUGAAAGCUGCUCUGGUGUUAACCAUCCCCUGGACUUGUUUUUUUGCACCAUUAGCAUCUCUACUUAUGAUACAAUGACUAGAUUUCCCCGCGCCUCAGCACCCCCCAGGCACGCGGACUGGUGAGACCCCGACUGGUCAGCACCAUCAAUGGCAUGAAUUAAGAGACCCUCGUUGGGUUCCUGAUGGACAAAAACGAUAGAGGGAUGAGCUGCUGAAGGGGCCGUUGUUGAGGGUCUACGUGUGCAGAGUCUCCCCCUCCCUGCUGUGCCCUCUCCACUGCCUCUCCAUUUUCAGAGGUGGAAAGUUCCGGUCCAGAAAGUACAAAUCCAGGCCAAGGUUUUGUUUCGACCCACCAGUUGCAUACUCUGUGACUAUCACUCUUUAUGCUCAGCUGGUUGGUUGAAACAAAAUCUUGGUCUGGAUUUGUACUUUCUGGACCUGAACUUUCCCCCUCUGCCCAUUUUCAAGGUCAGCAGACAGAACACCAAACCACACCAGAAAUUCUUAGGUUGUGUGUGUGUGUCUUUUUUUUUUUUUAAAGCCGACACUGUUUUUAUAUUCAAAGUGAGAUAAAACUUGAAGCCUGAUUAUGAAUUACUGUCCAACGUACGUCACAGCUAGCAGUAUUUCAGGAUAUUUACCGGUGCAGUUACAUGACAAAACCAACAUGUACAUUUUGUAUGCUGUCAACUUUGGGACAUGUCCCGUAUAUUUUGUUAAUAUUUGUUUUGUAAACCAUGUCCUUCGUAUUUAUGGUUCUUCUACUGUGUACAUCAUCAGCAUUUAGGAUACAGUUCUGGUUUUGCUGCACAAUGCACAAACUAUUCGAGUUCAGUUACAGUAAGUUACUGCAGUGUUGUCUCAAAGAAAGUUUUACUGUGAAAACAGUUACAAUGUAAGAUUCUUCUUUUUUUUUUUUUUUUAGAAAAAUUAAUAAUAACGAACUAAUUGGUAAAUAUGCACACCUUAAAAUUAAAGGCAAUCUUGGCUGAUUUCCGCAGCAUUUUCUUUAGAAACAGCUUGACUGUUGUCUUGUUAUUGGCAUAUAGACAGUAUGUAUAUUGUGACAGGAUUCAAUAUUAUGAGCAUAGAUAUAAUUUUGCAUCACAGAAAGAUUAGAUGUAACAAGCAUUCUGUCAUCUGUUGCCAGACAUAAUAAUAUCUGACGUUACUUCAAUAUUAAGCUAUUGAAAUUAACUGAAUGAUUUUAGACAUAGAAUCAUCAACGUAUAUUUAUAUUGACUGUGAAAGUAACUAACUUAAUUUGGUGGUAUGAUACACUAAAGGGACAAUUUGAAGCCAAAUUUGAAGCCAAAAUGUUUUUUAUCGUAGCUCUGGGGUCUUUGGAGUUAGAUUGGGGGCUCUGAUGAAAGUAAAUAAUAUUCCAUAAUUUUUUUACGAAAUAACGUAAUAGUGAAGAUUGACUACCAAAAAAAAUAUAUAUAUAUAUAUUUCUGAGCGGUAAUAACAUAUUAUUUCUGGUUUAAUGUUAUGGAGAGGCAUCGAGGCAUUCACAGUAAUUAUUAUUAUAACACCUGGUAUUCAAAGCAAACUAGACACACAUGCUGUGUGAGACUUGUAGCCUGGGUGUCUCGUCUUCACCUCUUUUUGCGUACGUUCAUUGAGGAUUCCCGAACGCCACCUUACGAACUGAACCGCAAGCCAUGCAGUGGCUCGGUGAAUGUUUAGGGCUUGAGCGCUAACUAGUAGCCAGUUUCUAACCAGUUUAAAACAGUACGGGACUGUUUUUAUUCAUUUAUGUAUUUGGGCUUCUGCCCAGAAAUUGGCCAAUGGCUGCUGCUGGAACUUGACACCACUGGAGAGCUGAACGUGUAAAAAUUGUGAAUAAAGAAUUCAGUUUGUUGA